UCGGGUCUCCGUCCUGAGGGCACCGUGGUCUCCUCCAUCUGCACCGCCUGGACCACAGGGACGAGACGCCAUGACCCCCAGCCUCACGGCCCUGCUCUGCCUCGGGCUGAGUGUGGGCCUGAGGACCCAGGUGCAGGCAGGCACCCUCCCCAAACCCACCAUCUGGGCUGAGCCAGGCUCUGUGAUCCCCUUGGGGAGCCCCGUGACCAUCUGGUGUCAGGGGACCCUGGGGGUCUCGGAGUUCCAUCUGAAUAAAGAGGGAAGCUCACGUCCCUGGGACAUACAGCCCUCACUGGAGCCCGGGAACAAGGGCAAGUUCUCCAUCUCAUACAUGACACAGGACUAUGCAGGGAGAUAUCACUGUUACUACCUCAGCCCCACUGACUGGUCAGAGAGCAGUGACCCCCUGGAGCUGGUGGUGACAGGGGCCCACAGGAAACCCACCCUCUCAGCCCUGCCGAGCCCUGUGGUAACCUCGGGAGGGAACGUGACCCUCCAGUGUGGCUCAUGGCAGCGAUUGGACGGGUUCAUUCUGACUAAGGAAGGAGAAUCCAAGUCCUCCUGGACCCUGGAUGCACAGCGAGGCCCCCAUGGGCAGACCCAGGCCCUGCUCCCCGUGGGUCGCGUGACCCCCAGCGACAGGUGGAUGUUCAGAUGCCACGGCUUUUACAGGAACACCCCGCAGGUGUGGUCAGCCCCCAGUGACCCCCUGGAGCUCCUGGUCUCAGGUGUGUCUGGGAAGCCCUCCCUCCUGACCCCACAGGGCCCCGUCGUGGCCUCUGGACAGAACCUGACCCUCCAGUGUCGCUCUGACGUCGGCUAUGACAGAUUCGCUCUGUCCCAGGAGGGGAGACAGGCCCUCCCCCAGAGCCCUGGCCGGCAGCCCCAGGCUGGGCUCUCUCAGGCCGCCUUCCCCCUGGGCCGGGUGACCAACACCCACGCGGGCCGGUACAGAUGCUACGGUGGACACAACCUCUCCUCCGAGUGGUCGGCCCCCAGUGACUCCCUGGACAUCCUGGUGGCAGGGUGGUUCCCUGACACGCCCUCCCUCUCGGUGCAGCCGGGCCCCCUGGUGGCCUCAGGAGAGACCGUGACCCUGCUGUGUCAGUCACGGAGCACAAGGGAAACUUUCCUUCUGUCCAAGGAGGGGGCAGCCCGGCCCCCAGUGCGUCUUAGAUCAAAGUACCGAGGUGGGCAUUUCCAGGCCGAAUUCUCCAUGAGUCCCGUGACCUCAGCCCACAAUGGGACCUACAGGUGCUACAGCUCACUCAGCAGUAACCCCUACCUGCUGUCACACGCCAGUGCCCCCCUGGAGCUCGCGGUCUCAGAAUCCCUACCCUCACACCCGCAAGACUACACAGUGGAGAACCUCAUCCGGAUGGGCAUGGCCGGCUCAGUCCUGCUGGGCCUCGGGAUUCUGCUCUUUCAGGCUCAACACGCACGGAGGAGCCCAAGAAGCAGCCAGGAGCUGAACACAAGAGGGGACCGUGCACCGUCCGAGUGGUGGAGCCCUGUCACGACCUUAUGUGCCCAGGAGGUUCUGGAAGAGAAUCUGCAGCACGUGUUGUGUGAACUGUCUGACCAGGGAGGGAGAGACAUGGUGUGGGUGCAGGAGAAGGCCCGGGAGUCCCUGUGGAGGACUGGGCCUCGGAUAACCAUGGUGCCUUCCCUCCCCACCAGCGAUGACUCUCCCUGACUGCCCCGUCACCUCUCACCCCUGUGACGUGAGGCACAUCGCACACGGCAGGUCUGUGUCCACACCUUACACACCUUCAUGCUCUGGCCCACUUUCAUGUAAUAUAUUUGGUUGUUUUUAAUUUCCACAUUGGCUGCUGUGUGCUAUUGACCUCCAUCCCUUCAGUC